AGAAGAAAAGAGGAAGGUGCAGGUUAAAGCCUUUCUCGCUGGACUGGCCACUGUCAGUUGCACCCGAGCAAGUCGACAAGUAGUGCGCGCGCCAAACAACCGGACAAACUACUAUUAAUACUACUACUCUACAAUUUGUUUUGAUUUUUAAUUCUUACCUCCAACAACAACAACAGUGUUUUGAGUUCAACUUGUUUUAUUCCCGAAUAGUUUUGUUUGUUUUCCCCUUCCGGAGGAAUUUAAAAAAAUAACAAAAACAAAAAUGAGGAUGUGGAUUAAAGUGAUUUUGAUGAUGGCCGUGGUGGUGGUGGUGGUGACGGGCGCUGGUGAGGAGGCCGGAACCGACAAGGAAAUGAUGCGCAACGCCAUGGAACAUUUGCUUCAAAUCAGGCCGCCCGUUUCUGCUUCUGCUUCCGGUUCUUCCGGGCCGUCCGUCCGUACUAAGCGGCAAGAUGUUUCACCAGACGACGCGACAUCAGCGGCCUCGUCGCCUCACCUCUACAUGAUGGAACUCUACAAGAAAUACCUGACGUCCGACACGAUGAAGACCCGGAGUAACACCAUCCGCAGUAUCAUCCCUUCCAGAGGUCAAGUCGGUGGCGAGGAGAUGCUCCUGUUCAAUUUGAGCGGGUUGACCCGAAGCGAGGAGAUCGGGUCGGUGGAAUUGCAUUUCUACAAGCGGCGGGCCGUCGGCCGGAAGAAGAUGAGCAGCAAGGCCCAUCACCAACACCACCUGCAGGGAUUCGCCCUGGACCCGUCCGUCCAAGGAUCGCCGGUCCGUCUCAUUGGCAAGUGGCAAGUGGCGCUGGACAAGCGCGGAUGGCAAGUCUACGACGUCAGCCAGGCCGUCCAUUCCGUUUCCCGUCAGCAAUCAUCGCCCACCGGCCAGCAGCAGCAGCAGCUGGGCUUCAUGUUCCAGGGCGUCAAGCGCUCGUCGGGCCUCUACGAGAAUUUGCCCAUCGAUUCCGUCCUCCGGAUGGAUCCGUCGCCCUUCCUGGUGGUUUUCUCCAACGAGAGGUCCAACGCCACUCUGGAGGAGACGGGCCUCGUCUCCCAGCGCGAUCUCAACGCUUUGCCCGACUCCCAGGAUGCUGUCCAGCCAGAGCAGCAGCAGCCGGGCGACGCCAGCCGUCUGCGUCGCUCCAUCGACGAUAACGAACUGCCCGAAGCUGACCAUUACCUCAACAGCAAUGUCAUCCCUCAAACCAGUCCGGGAAUGUUGCAGGCCCGCUCAUCAUCUUCGUCGCGUCAGCCGGCCGGCGGCCCAGCAGCAGCAGCAGCAACAGCAGCAGGUAGCCGCAAGAUAAGUGGUGAAGCCAGCAGCAGUAGUAAGAGCAGCAGCAGCACUCUACCUUAUCCCAAGUCUCAUUCAUCGGGAGUGGCUGGUGCCACCUUGGCCUGGCCGGAAGAUAAGAGGAAAAGGACGGGCAGCGGUAGCGGUGGCGGCAGUGGCAAUGGCAAUGGCGGCGGCAGCAACAGCCGCAAGGGAAAGCGACGUAACCGCAAGCUGCCAGAAACCUGGCAUUACAAUCAACAGCAACACGUCAACGAUGCCAGACUUGACGUGCCGGAAGAUGCCGGCAGAUCGCUGUGCCAGCGCCGGAAAUUGACGGUCGACUUCAACGAAAUCGGCUGGGGAGAGUGGAUCAUAUCGCCAAAGACAUUCGAGGCCCAGUACUGCGCCGGCCGCUGUCCUUUCCCUCUAACUAAGGAGUUGAAUCCGACGAAUCACGCAACUAUCCAGAGUAUCGUUCACGCCAUCGGCGGCCAUCCGGAAGUGCCGGCUCCGUGCUGCGUGCCCGACGUCCUGUCGUCGCUGACGCUUCUUUACUUUGACGACAACCGCAACGUCGUCCUCAAGAAUUACCCCAGCAUGACGGCAGAGAGCUGCGCUUGCCGGUGAAUUUCUUAUUUUUGUUUUUUCCCCAUCAAUUCCAAACAUAAGAUGAUGAUGAUGCCCGGCUCUGGCGAUGCAAUAGCAGAAAUUCAUCCCCUCCACAUCCAAUCAGCUCGCACGAGCCAACACGCAACCUCGUCAAAAAAUCAAACAAAAUUGGACACUACAACAAACACACAAGACCAGCCACAUUCCCCCACCAAACACACACCACAUAUAACCUCUAGGAGCCGCCAAUCAGCAGCAGUUGUGUACAGAGAGAGAGACAAUCCAGUGAAAAAAUCCACUUUUUUUUUCUUUUCUAUCUCAUUUUUACAUUCGACAAUUUCGCCUCCCGACUUGUUUUUUUUUUUAAUUUGUCGUCAAUUUGAACUUAUCGAUUUUUUUUUAUUCCUGAAGUCUAAUAAUUAAUUCAUUUUAAUCAUUAAAAAUUAAUAAUUACUAAUAAACUACAUCGUCAAUUCGUAACAGAUAACGAGAGAUUGUCCAUCGAGAUGUUUAGAUAUCAAACCCAAACCCCACCCCUCCACUUUUUUUUCUCGAAACUUUUAUCAAAAAUUACCUGAAAUGGCAUUUGGCUAAAUUCGUUCCCGCUAAUAAUUUCGCUGUCUCAUUUAAAAAAAAACAAAAAAAAAAAAAAAAAAUUAACUUUUUUAAAAGAUAUUAUAAAUUCGAAAAAACAAAACAAGAGAGAGGAUAGGUCAACCGAAAUGUAUAUACCUGAGUGUCCAAUAUCUGAGCCGGACAUGGUAUAUAUUAAAAAAUAACAAACAGCCAUACAGAGAGGAAAAGAGAGAUUGACCCCACCUUGUUAUUUAAAUAUUUUAAAAAGAUCCCCCCUUUAAAAAAAAUUCUUGUUUCAACAAAUUCGGGAACGAUGUAAUAUCGACAGAGUCCUUUGUUGUGCAAACUAGAAAGACAAAAAAAGAAUUAUCGGACGGACCGAUAUGAGAGAGAAAACAAAACAAAAAACAAAACUAAACUAAUUCCGUUGUUGUUUGUGUGUGUGUGUGUGUGUGUGUGUAGUACGUUGUUUGUUGUAAUCACGUCUAUAUGGCCAAAACGGGAGCGCUCGAGGGAUUCUUUCUUGUUGAUUCUUCUUCUUUUCUUUCCCUCCUUCCACAUCAUAUAUAGAGUACUACUAUACUACUACCUAUACCACCCAUCUCCUCUCUAUUAUAUUUACUAUUUCUAUAUAAUAUAAUAUAGGAACGAUGUUGUUGGACGUGUUCUCUUCUUUCUUUCUUUCUUUUUUCCAGCUUCCCCAAUUUUAUCUCGGACUCUGUUUUCCCCUUUUUUUUAAAUAUUUUUUUUCGCUGCUGUUCUGCUGUUCUGCUGUUGUUUAUGUUUCUCGUAACUGGCUGUUCUCUGAUUGCAGUUGGCAGCCGUGUGCGAUGGUAUGUCCUAGUCAUCAUAUUUCCUCGUGUUUCUUCUUCUUCUUCUUCUUAUAUUUUCGCCCUGAUUUUUCUUUUUCUUUUUUUAAAUUUCUCCAUCUUGCCCAGCUCCUCUCAAGUUUAUUAUUAUUAUCUUCUUUCCUUUUUUUCCGUCUCGUCUUUCUCUCUCUCGUUUCUAUAUUUUACAAAUUAAGCCAUUUUCUUUUUUUUUUCUUUUUAAACAAACGCAAGUUUUCUUUCUUUUUUUUUGUAAUUUUUAAUAAUAUGUUCUAACGAUUUAUCCACAUCCGGCGUGUCUCGUCUGUUACAAAAAUACUGUCGAAAAAACAAAAAGAAAAAAAAAACAUAUUUUGUCUUCCCUUUUUUUAUUUUUAUUUUUUCGCUCCCUCCUUAUUAUUGCAUCAACCCCAUAAAUUACAAUAAAAUUCUCACACGUUCAUCGA